UCCACGCCUCCCAGCAGACUAGCGACUUUCGGUGUUUUUGUCCUCUUCCCCACUGCUACGACAGAUUCGCGACCCCGUUUUGAUCCGUGCCCUCGAGCAGCAGAUCGCCAGCUUCGGACAAACCCCGAGCCAACUGUUGACGACACCGCAUCCGGCGCGUCUGUCCACUCUGCAUGUGACACCCACGAUCCACAGACCGUUGACCAGCGAAGUGUGCCAACGCCUCAAACUGCCCUCCAACUCGCCUCUCCUCGUCACCACCUGCAACACGCAUCCGGCCGCCUACCUGCCUGCGGUGGUUACAAUCUCUGCCAAUCUGGUCUUCUCGGUCAACCGAUGGAACAACCAUGCAGCAGGUUUGUUGCCGGGUCUAUCCGGUUUUCUGCUCUAAUCUCUCUCUCUCCCAACCUUCCGCCUGUAUGUGCCUUUCUGUCUGCUGGCGUGCACGCAGACAAACGUCUGCCGGAGUCCGUCGAAUAG